UAUUCGUUGUGGCCAAGAAAAGAAAAUCAGAGGCCGAAAAUGGUAUCAACACUGGAAGAUUCGUCGGUGAUUACGUGUGAGGCCGUGGCGGAUCAGAUGUCGUGUGUGCGCUGGGUCAACGAUGGUCGCGGCACGCAAGGAUCGUUCGUCACCGGUUCGUAUGGGGAUGUAUCGAAUGUGCUCGCCUGGUGGCAGAUGUCCACCCCAGGGAAUCUCGCUGAUGGUGACUACGAGGAGGAACACAAGGUACCGAAGCGCUUGGCUGAAUCAUCCAUCCAGGGGGACAUUACGGCGCUGGAGGCCGGUCCCAGCGGAACACUCGUUGCCGCAACCUCCGAAGGCCUAUGCUGUGUGUUAAAGAUGGAGGAAGUGCUGGGUGAGCAUCGACUGCAGCUAAACCACUGGUUCCGGGGUAGGCACACGUUCGGCGAUGGGGAAGAGGCCAGCUGUACGGGGCUAUCGGUGUACGACACGAUGGUAACGACCGUAGGCGAAGACGGCCGCCUCUAUCUUUACCGGUCACUGCAGGACACAACACCGUUGCGCGAGUAUCAAGAUGCCAAUGGGUCUAGUUACCGCUGCUUGAAGCUACUUGACUCCAACAAGGUGCUCGUGGGCAGUAGUAACGAUCUGCUCCAUUGCUACGAUCUGCGCGAUCCAUCGGAACGGCCCUCGUUCUCACUGUACACGGGCGAAGAGAAGGAUGAGUCCAAGGGUUCGUCGUGUGCCGUCUGUAUCUGCCCGAUGCUGGGUCGGGAAGAGUUCGUAUUUGCCGGACUUGACAGUGGCACAAUCAUGGGAUGGGACCUGCGGAAUCCAAACGGCGUGACACAGAGUAUGGAGGGCCACACAGGUGCAGUGACCGAACUGUGCUUCCCAACCUAUUCGGCGAGCACCAUGAUCAGCGCGUCGGACGAUGGAGACGUCUGCCAGUGGCAAUUCGAUGAGCAGCAAUGGGAGGGCAGCAGCAUCACCUUCCAGCAGCUGGUCAAGUGCCUGACACGCAUCCUGAAGCAACGCCACGCCAUCCGUUCGAUCGAUGCGAAUGCCAAGCAGCUGGUUGCGGUCGGCGAUGGGCGGAUGAUAUUUGUCUUUGAUAGCAUUUGGAGUUAUUAGGGACAUUAGGGGUGUACCGGGGCGGCUUACCGCGCGGUUUAUUGAUCGGGGAGGGAAUAUUUCUAGAUAAUAAAACGCAGUAUC